ACAUUUAAACUGCUGCCUGCCUGUGCAGCAGCUGAGGAACCGUGGAUUUCAUAUUAUAUAGACUAAAACCCCAGGAAAACUGCUCAAAAAAUCUUUCUGCAGCUGCCAGGCAACAACGAAAGAAGAGAGGUAAAUUCUUUUCUAUUCCAAUACAACCAAAGCCCUAGACUGUGGCUCUGCCGCUUUACAUUGCAGCUCAGUGUUAUUACUAGAAAUAUGGAUACUGGGAAAAGAACACAGCACUGCAUUGUCCAGCCAGGAAAACAGCAGAUGUAAAAAGCUUCAAUGCAUCAACUGUCGGGAAGAGUCAACAGUGCUCCAAAUACAACGGACAACUACCACUCUUUUGUUUAAAGGAAGAAAGAGAAAAUGAAAGAAAAGGAAAAUCUCAGAAGACUAGGACCCAUAUGAACAAGGAGGGUAACUCAAAGAAAGGCAGACAGAUGGACACUUUGGAUACUGUGAAAAGCAAUCGCAGGAGGCAGACUGUUGGGGGAUGUGCGCAUGUUCGAUAGCAUCUUUUUUGCUGAAGUGAUGGCGUGCCAAAAGUAUUUUCAGUGGGCAUAAUCCUCUCCACAUAAAUGGCCUGACCAAGGAAGAAUGACUGCGAGGGACACAACGUGACUGAAUUAGAAAAAGAUGAUCAAAGAAUAGUAUUGAAUCAGGAGAAGAAAACAGUAUUUUGGACCACCAAUCUCAUAUAGCAUUACCGGAUAUUUACAACAUGCUUCAGUGGAGGAGAAGACACUGCUGCUUUGCAAAGAUGACCUGGAAUGCUAAGAGGUCCCUGUUCCGUACCCAUCUUAUUGGGGUACUGUCUCUAGUGUUUCUUUUUGCUAUGUUUUUGUUUUUCAAUCAUCAUGACUGGCUGCCAGGUAGAGCUGGAUUCAAAGAAAACCCUGUGACAUAUACUUUCCGAGGAUUUCGUUCUACAAAAAGUGAGACAAACCACAGCUCCUUUCGGAACAUUUGGAAAGAAACAGUUCCUCAGACUCUGAGGCCUCAAACAGCAACUAACUCCAACAACACAGACCUAUCACCACAAGGCGUUACAGGGCUGGAGAAUACACUUGGUGCCAAUGGAAGUAUUUACAGUGAAAAGGGGACUAGACAUCCAAAUUCUUACCACUUCAAAUAUAUUAUCAAUGAACCUGAAAAAUGCCAGGAGAAAAGUCCUUUUUUAAUACUACUAAUUGCUGCAGAACCUGGACAAAUAGAAGCUAGAAGGGCGAUUCGACAAACUUGGGGCAACGAAAGCUUAGCACCUGGUAUCCAAAUCACACGGAUCUUUUUGCUGGGCCUAAGUAUUAAGAUAAAUGGCUACCUUCAACACGCAAUCCUGGAAGAGAGCAAACAGUACCAUGAUAUCAUUCAACAGGAAUACCUAGAUACAUACUAUAAUUUGACUAUUAAAACACUAAUGGGCAUGAACUGGGUGGCAACAUACUGCCCACACAUUCCAUAUGUUAUGAAAACUGACAGUGACAUGUUUGUCAACACUGAAUAUUUAAUACAUAAGUUACUGAAGCCAGACCUGCCUCCUAGACAUAACUAUUUUACUGGGUACCUAAUGAGAGGAUAUGCACCCAAUCGAAACAAAGACAGCAAGUGGUACAUGCCACCAGACCUCUACCCAAGUGAGCGUUACCCUGUCUUCUGUUCUGGAACUGGUUAUGUUUUCUCUGGAGAUCUGGCAGAAAAGAUAUUCAAAGUUUCCUUAGGUAUCCGUCGUUUGCACUUGGAGGAUGUGUAUGUAGGAAUCUGUCUUGCCAAGUUGAGAAUUGAUCCUGUGCCCCCUCCCAAUGAGUUUGUGUUCAAUCACUGGCGAGUUUCUUAUUCAAGCUGUAAAUACAGCCACCUAAUUACCUCUCAUCAGUUCCAGCCUAGUGAGCUGAUAAAAUACUGGAACCAUUUACAACAAAAUAAGCACAAUGCCUGUGCCAACGCAGCAAAGGAAAAGGCAGGCAGGUAUCGUCACCGUAAACUACACUAGGAAAGACUAUUUUUGUUUAAGUGUGCAAUCUGUAAAUUGCUCAAAGCAUGUAUAGUUAAAACCAAUUACAUCCAUAGGACAAGUUUUAGUUAAAACUCUUCACAUAAAGGAAUUCGAAAAAUAUUUUUUUAAUUUCUGAAGAAAGUAAUUCUUAAAACUGCAUUACAUGACAAAAAGGUAUCCAAACUGUAUUAAAAGCUGUGUAAGGGACUGUGUGUACUAACAUGCAAUAACAAGCAUGCAUACAUCAAUGGUUCAAGUCUUAUGUUCAGGGCCAAUGAACUGUCUGUACACAUUUACCACAUAAAUUUUAAUUUAAGAAAUGAAGACGGGCAAAAGACUUCAGUUUAGAUUUAUUUUUCAUUUCAACACAUAAUUCAAUGUAAAUAAAGUAUUAUUAUCAACUUUAAGGAAACUUUGUAACUGUGCAAAGGACAAAUUUUAUGACCUGACUAUUAUAGGGUUCUAAAAACUUACUCUCCACGCAUUAAGAUUUUGGUUGCGUUACUCCAUAAACUCAUUCAUGACACUCAGAUGCUUCAUCUCAUCUAAGUAUUUACUUUUUAAAAGUAAUUGAUACUUGAUUUUAAUUUUUUAUUAAUACAUAUUGGGGAAAAUUAUUUUGACAUGUGGUAAAAUAUGAGAAAAAUUAUUGUGUCUCAGGCUCAAGUUUUUAUUUUAAAAGUUAUUAAAUGUUUCAAAAUAAUAAUAUAUUUUGCUUCCUCAUUGGUGUUAAGGACCAAAUUAGUAUUUCAAUGAGUUUUAGAUCAAAUACUGCACUCUUCAAGGGUGUUACCAUUUAACGUCAACCCCAUAUGACUUCGAGUAUACCUGUGAAAAUAGGUCAGGCUCCUCUCACAAGCAAAAGAAAUCACUUAAAGGCACAAAGAUGUACUGUUGAAAAGAGAUGCACAAUACCAUAGCAGUUUCAUUCAAUACAUUUUUAAAGAUGCAUGGCUGCCAAACUGCAACACACAGGAAGUUUAUUUCCUGGUAGUAGGUGCACACAUGCCAUACUUAAAUCAUUUCAUAGCACCUAUUUCUCUGAGUGCCACAUUUACAAAUCUACAGUUUUUAAUUUGGUAGAUGACAAAUAUUCUAUAUCACCAACUAAAUUCCUUUUUGGGAAGGACUGAGGAAAAAGCUACAAAUAUUUGAUGAACACUCCAUUCUAGAAUGAACAAUGUAUACAAUGCACUUUUAUCAAGUUUUUAAUAAAAAAUGUAAACAAACAA